CCAUCAGGGCUCUCGCUAAUUACCCUGUGUGCCCUGGUCCCCCAUGCAUGCACUGGAAACUUAGGCUUAGGCCUUGUUGAAGGCCGUCGUCCGGUUUCCACGUGAUCCGCUCUUUAGUCUCCGAGUCUUCCCGCGUUUCCAUGUCAAUCCAGCCGCGGCGUCAGCCGAAUCUAAGCGAGCUCGCGACGUCAAGACUCAAAAAGCACGAGACGACUAGACCAAUUGUAGACUGUGUUAGGCUUUUCAGGCAAAAACCAAUUCAACUAAAUAAACACGAGACGACUAGACCGAUACUAAUAGUCGCACUUACUUCUUCAACCGCCGGACUAAUGAACUAACACCAAGAGACCUCUGGACUGCUACUGCCGGAUCUGAUAUGAUUGGAUUUGAUUCGCAAGAUCCUCGGCCUGACAAAACGCGUGAGAAUCUUGAGAUUCCAAGCAUCUUCGUUUUAUCUUCCGCCGAGCUGUACUCAUCUAGAACCCCUCGCUUGUCGUCCGCCGAGCUGUACUCUCAGUAGCCUUUUCGCUGGAGCCUUCUCGUACUGUACAUCCUUUGAGCUUCAGCCGUUUUAUAGGCGCCUCAAACGAUGAUUCUUGCGGCGCCUCAAGAACCUUCUCGUACUGAACUGUUUCAUUCUUGAGUGUAAUCAGUCUAUUUUUUAGUCGGCUCAAAAACAGACUCAUUACACACUGUACUGUACAUCCUUGAGCUUCAUCUGUAUAUAAAGAGUUUUUUGCGACGGCUUUAAUGCUCGUUAUAUAGGUAGGUUCUGCACAACCUUGUGCGGUAGGUUCUGCUUUCGAGGCGCCUCAAAAAUAGUUAUCAAGAACCCACCCCUCGUGGUUGGGGUCCUUCCGCUGGCGUGCAACUCGGUUCUCGUCUAGAAACGAUUAACCAAGGUGGUACUUUAGCCGCGUCCAGUCCAGCAAGAGACAGCUUGAGCUGGUGCAGCUGUCGGUGUUUUUUCAAUAAGCAGCCAUGGGGUGCUGCAUAUCGCGUACAGCACGACUGGGGCCUGAAUCUGCGACCAAUAAUGGAGCGACUAAAAACGGAGCUGCUAAUACCGGAGCAGCGGUGCCGUCGCAACAGCAGGGCAAGGAGCAGCAGGCAUUAGGAGCACUAGCGACGGCUGAUGCAGCAGCCGCAGCAGCAGCCGCAGGAGCACCAGCAGUCCCACCAACACCAGCAGCAGCACCAGCAGGGCCACCAGCAGUAGCAGCAGCCACAGCAGCAGCACCUAGCGGACCCAGUAACACCGCCACUGUUUCGCCUUCGAAUCCACCGCCUCUCCCCUUCUCCCUCCCCAUGGUGCUUCUAGACGACCCCGUGGAGGAGGCUAUAGCGCGUAUGAAGGCAGAGGAACACACCCCCGACCCUGCCGCGCUGCUGCUGCAGCAGCCACAGCUAAGGGACGUUGCCCCGGGUAUGGGGGGGUUGCUAGGGUUACCCUCCUUUAGGGUAAGAGCAGAGGAGUGGGCGGAAGGUGGGGGAUUGGAAGAGAGGGGAGGAGAGGGGAGCGGGGGAGAGGGGAGAGCGAAAGGUGAUUAUGUCGCAGGUGAAUAUAACGAGGAUGACAAGGUGAUUGACUUGGAAGGGGUACUAGACGGGGGGGAGGGGGAGGAGGAGGAGGAGGGGGAUGAGGAGGAGGGGGAUGCGGAGGAGGGGGGGAUCGAUAUGGAUAAUCUGCUAGCGGGGCUAGGGGAGGGGGAUGAUGGAGAGGAGGAGUUAGAAGGAGAAGAGGAGGGGCGAGAGGGAGGGGAAGAAGGGGGAGCAGGAGAGGUGGUGCUGGGCGAGGGGGAGGGGUGGGGCCAGGCGUUGGGAGGAGAGGGGGAAAGGGGAAGGAGGGAGGUGGAAAGAGCAGGGGAGGAGAGUGGAGAGGUGUUGGCGGAAAUGGAAGGGGGCAGAACAAGGACAGCGCUAGGGGGAGGAGGAGCAGGAGCAGUAGACAGAGGAAUAGGAGGGGAAGAGGGAGAAGCAGCGAUAGUGGAUAAAUCUGAGGAACGGUUGGUCGUUGAGAUUUCUCAAAAGCCAACUCAAGUGGAAGGGCAGUACUUGGAGCAGAGGAGCUUGUCAACGUGGAGCAAUUCAACUCACCCCCAUCCUGAUCCUUCACGAGCUGACCAGGGUGAUUUAGAAGAAAGGACAAGCUUGCAAAGAGAUGCUCUGCAGUGUGACGAGGUGGAGUGUGACAGUAAGGAGAGUGAUAGCGCCUUGGAGGGUGGUAAGGAGGAUGGGCAACAUGGGCAGGCGAUGCACUUGGAGCAUCCCUUGCAGCACUAUAGUGAGGAUGAGAGGCAGCACUAUAGCGAGGAUGAGAGGGAUAAGAGGCAUGGCUACCAUGAGGGCGAUGAUGAUGAUGGGGUGGAUAUGGAGGCGUUGGAGGAGCUGCUGCAGCUGUGUGUCGAUGAUGGCGAUGGCGAUGCUGAUGCUGAUGCUGAUGGUGAUGGUCGCAAUGGUGGUGGUGCUGCUGGUGCUGGUGACAGCGGAGCAAGUCUUCGUGGGCAGGAGCAAGGGGAGGAGCGCAGGGACAGCAAGGGCGCACCGUUUGACGUGCCUCAAAACGAGCCUCUAACCGAGCAUCCAAACGAGCCUUCAAACGAGCCUCCAAACGAGCCUCAGAAUGAGCUGUGGAAUGCACCUCUCAACGCACCGCUCAACAUGCAUAAGAGCGCGGCCUAUGGGACACUGCAGAGAGAUGAAUCAGCGGGCCAAGACUCAGAUGACUCGAUACAAGCAGCCUCGCUAGCAGCGGAGCGGUCGUUAGCAGCGGUGGCGGGGAUAGCAGCGGAGUGCUUGGAGAGCGAGCUGAGUCGAUUUGAAGUGAUCUGCCCGCCAGGGGGUGAGGAUCUGGUGGUGGUGUAUGUGACGUCGCUGGAGGCGGUUAGAAGAACGCACGCCGAUUGUGUGAAGAUGAGGGCUCUACUCAAGAGCCUCCAUCUGCGAUUUCAAGAGCGUGACGUGGCACUCCACCCAGCCUACCAGGACGAGCUAUUGCUCCUAUUCGCGGGGGACAUGCCACGUGUCCCGCAGCUAUUCGUGCGCGGGCGCCACGUGGGCGGCGCAGAGGACGUGCUACAGCUGUACGAGGAGGGGGCCCUGGACGCCCUGGUGGUCUGGCUCAAGGCUGCUGGGGGCGGCACGGCUGUAGCAGCCAGCGGGCGGCGGGGCUUGUCCGGUAGUGGUAGCUUGGCUUCUGCUGCUGCUACUGCUGGUAGCGGUGGUGGUGCUGCUGCUGCUGGUGUCUGUAGGAGUUGUUGGGAUGUGAGGUUUGUCCCGUGUUACCAUUGCCAUGGGAGCAGGAAGGUAGCAACUGGAGGAGGUGUUACCAGUAGUGGUGGUGGGGGUCAGUUUGUCGAGUGUGAUGUGUGUAACGAGAAUGGACUAGUCAUUUGCCCUAUAUGUAAUGGCGAGGCUAGAUGAGUGUAGCUUUGGUGCUAUGUUCCUGUACAGGCCCAUAGGACUAUUUAUAUGCAUCAGUGGCACACGUGUACUACAUAAGCUAAAGC